CCCAGCGCAGCCCCCCGAGCUGCGGGAUGGUGGCGGCGGGGGGGGACGCGGCGGCGGCGGCGGCGGCGGCGGCGGCGCUGGCGAUGGCUCAGAGCACCGGACCGGGUGCCGUGUAACGGGAGAGGGCCCUGAGGAACGCGGGGCGAAGGCAGCGCGGAUCCCGGGUGUUCUCCCGUGCUAGGAGGCCGCGGGAGCCUCUCUGCGACCCCCGCCCUAAAAUCGCCUCGGAGCGCACCGAGGAACGAUGAAAAAAAAUAAUUCUGCAAAAAGGGGGAACCAGGAUGGAAACCAGCAACCUGUGCAGCCGGAGAAGGUCGGCUGGGUGCGGAAAUUUUGCGGGAAAGGCAUUUUUAGGGAAAUCUGGAAAAACCGUUAUGUGGUUCUGAAGGGAGAUCAGCUUUACAUCUCGGAGAAGGAGGUAAAAGAUGAAAAAAACAUACAGGAAAUGUUUGAUCUGAGUGACUAUGAGAAAUGUGAAGAGCUCAGGAAGUCCAAAAGUAGAAGCAAAAAGAACCACAGUAAAUUUACCCUCGCUCACUCCAGGCAGCCUGGAAACACGGCACCAAAUCUGAUCUUCCUGGCUGUGAGUCCAGAAGAGAAAGAGUCCUGGAUUAACGCCCUCAACUCUGCAAUCACACGUGCUAAAAACCGGAUCUUGGACGAGGUCACCGUGGAAGAGGACAGUUUCCUUGCCCACCCGACACGUGACAGAGCCAAGAUCCAGCACUCCCGACGCCCUCCCACGCGGGGUCACCUCAUGGCUGUGGCAUCUACCUCAACCUCUGACGGAAUGCUGACCCUCGACCUGAUCCAGGAGGAAGACGCCUCUCCGGAGGAUCACGGCACCUGCGAGGAGAGUUUCCGGGUGGAUCUGGACAAGUCCGUGGCACACCUGACCGCGGGGCGGCGCCGCUCCGACUCGGAGAACACAAAGUCACCGGAGAAAGGGCGGACAGGGAGCCUCCCCCGACAGGAGGUGACCCCGUGGGACAGAGCCGGGCAGCGCAAUGACUCCUUUGACAAAGGGACCAUGUACACACCGCAGGUCCCCAAAAAGCUCUCACACUCAGAAAAGAAUAAAUGUGCCUCCAUGGAAGAAAUCCUGUCCCGACGGGACUCUUCCACACAUCGGGCGGUGCUGAGGAAGGGGCUGGAGGCUCAGUUUGCCUCGGCAGAGCCAGAGCAGCUGUCCCGGAUACAGGAACUGGUUGCACUGAAACUGGAAAAAACUCAGGAACUGCUGACAGAGGUGAAGGGCUACGGGGAAGGCAAGAAAAAGACCAAGGACUCCAACACCAGCACCACCAUCACCACCACCUCUUCUUCUUCCUCAUCAUCUUCCAAGUCGGACUCUGAAAGGAUCCUGCAGGAAUCUGAGAGGCUGCUGGGGGAGGCUUCCUCCACCUGGAGCCAAGCCAAGAGGGUGCUGCAGGAGAUCAAAGAGCUGAGGGACCUGUACAAACAGUUUGAGCUGCAGCAGUCAGACUCGAAGGCCAAACAGAGCUCACAGUCGCAGUUUAGGAAGAGCAUGAUGUGAAGGCAAGCCUUGGGAUGGGAGGGAGGGACUGGGAAGGGCGGCCAUCUGGUCUUUUUUUUAAUUAUUAUUAUUAUUUACGGUGUGAAAAGGUGCCUGUUCUCACCCAAAUUUGCUUCUCAAAGCUUGGACCCUUCCUUUCCUCCAUCGCAUCCCCUGGUGAAUCAACCCAGUGUUCCAAUAAAUCAGUUGCAGUUUAUA